GAUGCUCAAUUGAUGGGCGUACUGAGCUGUGCAGUGAAAGGAGAUACCCUUUACGUGUUUCAUUGUAGCAAAACAAAACCAUGUUCUAUCCUGGUUACAUCACUGCUUGUUGCUGGUUUCUCCGCGACACCCUUCCUGGAGCUCCGCUGGUUUUCCUCCCCGCGCGCGGCGACAAGCGGGUCGGACGAUGCUAUUGCGGCGUUUUAAAGGGAAAAAAGCUCCUGACAGAAUAACAACACAAGGCGGUGCGUCGCCGCUAGCGCCACAUAUCAGUGUUUAGUAGUUUAAUCCGGAUGAUUUGUUUCUGAUCUUUGUCGCACGCGCGGUGGACUCGGACGACGCAGGUACUUUGGGGAGAAUUUGGGUGAAACGCACCUGCCGCGAGACAGCGGAGCAACCGGAGCACAUGGACAUCUGUUCCCUGGACCUCAAAUCGGACACUCACACCUGAGUAUUCCUCUCAAAGCCUCUCUAUUGUUUCCGCCGCCAUGGAGAAUGCACAUUUUUUAAUCUGCGAUCUCGGUUUGAUAUUUACGCGUCGCGGGGCUUCACACCAGCCCGAGUGUGAGGAUGACAGCUGAUCGCCCCUCCUCUCCCGGGACUUAAAUAAAAACGCGCUCCAUCUGAAAUCCCGCUGCCCUCGAUCGGAGUCUCAGUUUCAGCUGUGUUUAACAAUAGAUGGAGCGCAGAGGGCUGUGACAUUUGGUUGAUUGCCACCUUAACCUUCCCCCCUGAUCAGGUUACCUUCACAGUGGCCACUCCGCCAGAGGUUUCACCGGCAGCAGCCUGGCAUAUAUCACUGAAGGCCUUUUUAAUUUCAUUUGUACUCAUUUGGAAAAGAUCCAUCCUGCAGGAAAACGGUGCUUCUGUGGAGUAAGCUCUGUUGAGAUGCUCUGCCCGAUCACCUCUCCACAUGGAAACUAAAUUCCUCCUCUCGCUCUUUGAUACUUUGCGCUAAAGCCCAUGGCCGGGGAUGAUCCUUGAGUAGCCGAUAAAAUAAUCAGCGUCGCGGUGUCAGCAAAGGCUUGAACUACAGGGGAUUUGUGUAGAUUAUCGCCGGACUGCUAUUUUGUUCCCUCGGUCACACUCUUAACUGAACUUAGCGGCUUUUGAUCCCGCAGCCUUUUCCCUGCUGCGCCCCGAGCCGCCUGGAAACUCCAGCAGGGGAAGCCUGUUUACAAGCCACGCUAUUCAUAGGAGAAAAGGGGGGUGUAAAACCGGGUUGCAUUCAUAAGCAAUGACUGCCACAGAGGUGUUUGGACCCAGAUCUGAGGAUAAGACGACUUUGGCGCUGCUGUCAGCCCGUGGAUCCGGGGGAAUGAGACGCGCUUUAAGGCUGUAGUUAACACUCCCUGUUUACUCGCAGGGCUGCCUGGGAUGGGAGAGGUAGACCAUCAGUGAGAGCAGCGGACAACCAGAAUUCUAUAUAUAUAUAUAUAUAUAUAUAUAAAAAACACAGCAGCCACCUAUCGAGCACUUUCCGGACCCGUUUUGACUAUCUACCGGGCGGCUACCGGAGGAUGUGUGAGCCAGGAUGCUGCGCUUCCCCGUGAAGAAGAUCCGGAAGCAGUUCAAGCUCCUGCUGCUGCUGGUACUACUCACCUCCGCCGUGUGGUUCACCUACCUGCACAUCAACCAGGGCAAGACCAUCAAACUGCACUUCAACUACGGAAAAGAUGGAGAUAGACAGACGGAGGGCACAGACGCCAGCCGCAAGAGGGACGCUCGCUCCUCAGCCGGCCACCACAAGAGUGAGGACACCAGCGACAGCAGGGAGGACGAGGCUGCAGAUGAUGAGCCAAUCACAGGCGGGGCUGAUGGCAGAGACCAUACCCGCAUCCGGAAGUUUCUCAGCCAGCGGCACAAGAAAUUGCCAUGGAAACCGGAGUAUAAGGGCCAGGCCAACCUGCAUGUGUUUGAGGACUGGUGUGGAUCCUCUGUAGCCCAACUCAGAAAGAACCUGCACUUCCCUCUCUACCCUCAUACCAGAACCACACUGAGGAAGCUGGCAGUCGCUCCAAAGUGGAAGAACUAUGGCCUAAGAAUAUUUGGCUUCCUUCACCCUUACAGAGAUGGUGAUUUCCAGUUCUCGGUAUCAUCGGAUGAUAACUCUGAGUUCUGGCUGAGUCCUGAUGAGAGCCCUCUCAAUGCCAGACUGCUGGUGUAUGUAGGACAGCUGGGUACAGAGUGGACCGCUCCAGGCGAGUUCAGCAAGUUCAGGUCCCAGUCCUCCAAGUCUGUGCACCUAAUCUCGUCCAGACGAUACUACUUUGAGAUCCUCCACAAGCAGGAUGACAAGGGCUCAGAUCACGUGGAAGUUGGGUGGCGUCCCUUCCUCCCCGGUCUGAAAUAUGAAGUGAUAGACUCGGCCUACAUCUCCCUGUACACAGACGAGUCCAAUCUGAAGAUGAACAGCGUGGACCACAUCCCCCAGACCUUGGCCAGUCACAUCCAUCUCCCAGAGGAGGCUCAGCCCCAGGGUCUGGAGGGAGGCAGCGUCAUGCAGCACGGAGCGGAUAUGCUGAAGCCAGACCCCAGGGACACCUUCUACAGCACUCCGAUGAUCGACCCCUCCCGACUGGAAAAUGUUCUUCCGGCCUGUCUCUACUCUCCAACCUAUGUAGUCAAAGAUUUUCCUAUCGCCAGAUACCAGGGCCUGCAAUUUGUCUAUCUGUCCUUCGUUUACCCCAAUGACUUCACUCGUCUCACCCACAUGGAGCGAGAGAACAAGUGUUUCUACAGAGAGUCCCCUAUCUACUUGGAGAAGUUUGGUUUCUACAAAUAUAUGAAGAUGGAUGAGGAGGAAGAUGACAGACCGUUCUUCUUCCCUAACCCAGAUGAUUUCCUAGAGGAAGAGGAGGUGGUGGAUGUAGAGGACGAGGCAGAGAUUGUUGGCACACAGUCCCCCAAAAAGCCUUCUCAUCCCAGCCAGACCAGCCACACCUCCAAUGCCUCCCAUCAGCACUCAAAACCUGCUCCAACACCAGCUGGCAGAGAAGGGGAAGAAGAGGAGGAGGACCCUGAUGAGGAGGAGGAGGGAGCAGUCAACAGUAUCAUACGCCACAGAGAAAGGAGACACUUUCCUCGCAGAGAUGGACAGAUGGGUAGGGAUUUGGACAGAGACUGGGGAAGAGAUCAUACAAACAUGAGACAAAAUGCCAGGAAGGGACUUGAAGAGCCCCAGCCCAGGGUGCUUCAGCCUGACAUGGACAGCGUGGUCCGGGGUCGCUCCUUGUCUUGGAUCCGUACAGGUCCAGCAGAGUUGAGCCCUGGCAGGAAAGGAGGGGCCGCAGGUGGUGGAGGAGGAGGAGGAGGAGGAGAGAAGGGAGCUGAAACUCCUCCUAAACUGAGCAAGUCUUCACUCCUUUUCCCCCAGAAGUCCUCCCUCUCUGCCCUUGCCAGCCGAGCCAAGCAGAUCCUCAGCAAUUCCGCCCAUAGCAACAACUUCCAUGAUGACAACAACAACAAGCUUGCUGGAAACAAGAAGGAGAAGAGGGAGGAGAACAAGAUCUACAUCACCAGGCCUCGACCUGCCAAGGAGCGAGAGAGGGACAGAGAGAGGGAGCGGGAGCAGCGUCGAGAGCGGAGGGAGGAGAGGGCUUCUCGCCAUCCUCGAGAGGUGUUCCCGGGGGUCUUUCUGUACCAAACUGGAAAGACCACAAGGCUGGUAAACCUGGGUGCUAAAGGACAUGCUGGGGGAGGCAUAACAGGAGGAAGGAGUCUUGUUAGUGCCCCUCAGCUCUGGCCCAACCCCCCCACAAAAGAAGGUAAGACAUCUCCUCAAAAUGGAAGCAUCAGCAUACAGAAUGAAAGUGUACAGAAGUCUGGCAGCAGGGCGGCAGGUGAGAACCAUCCAGAGAAAAGCAAGAGGAAAGGGGAGCAUUGGGAUUUGAAGACUACUAUCACUGCUGAUGUACUCAGCAAAGGUGACCCGUUAACCCCACUUUCCCAUCAUCAAGAUCCCCCUCCAGUUACCCAGCAAAGGUUAAACGCCACAGAAAACACACUCCAAGGUCAAGCACGAGUCACCUCUUACCUCAGGACCUCCGAGAUCACAGAGUCCCAGCAGCAGCCGGAUCCGGACCCCAACCCGGCAGAGCUCGACCAGGAUACAAACCGCUCUAAUCCUGACACUGACCCCGAUCCCGAGCCAGAACCAGAGGAGGGCGAGAUGUCGGACUACAGCUACGAGGAGGUCGAGGCUCGGCCAGGUUGGGCAGAGGAAAGCAUCAAUUGGCAGAGGACCUUCUCAGUCAACCCGAUGGACUUUGAGCUGCUGCGCUCUGACUGGAAUGACCUUCGCUGCAACGUGUCGGGCAACCUCCAGCUGGCAGAGAGUGAGGUGGUGGAUGUGCUGGCACAGUACAUGGAGAAACUCAACGAACGCAACGGAGGGAUCUACACCCUGCUGAGGAUCGUCAACGUUGAGAAGCGGCGCGAUUCAGCGAGAGGGAACCGUUACUUGGUGGAGCUGGAGCUAAUGGAGAGAGGCCGCAGCGUGGUGCGUCUGUCAGAAUACAUUUACCUGCUGCUCCACCGCAGCAGGCAGGGAGAGGAAAGUCUAGAGAACACUGACUUUGCCCCGGCCUCUGCACCCGCUUCGGCUCCGUCUGCUGCCACGUCCAGCCUCACCACUCCGCCGCCCCCUCCCUCCACGAGGUCCCCAGCCCGGCCCGGAGCGACCCCCUGGAGCACUGCCUAUGCUAAGCCUCUGCUCUGCCAGCCAGUCAUGCUACAGUGGAGGAGAGAUGUCAUGGUGCACUUUGUGGUGCCAGUGAAAAACCAGGCUCGCUGGGUACAGCAGUUUAUCUCCGACAUGGAGAAUCUUCAUCGCCAGACAAAGGACGACAAUUUCAGCAUCAUCAUUGUCGACUUUGAGAGCGAAGACAUGGACGUGGAGCAGGCACUAAGAGAGAGCACUGUGCCAAGAUAUGAGUAUCUAAGGAGAGAAGGCAACUUCGAGCGCUCAGCCGGACUGCAGAUCGGAGUGGACACUAUUGAGGAUAGUCACAGCAUUGUGUUCCUGUGUGAUCUGCACAUCCACUUCCCUCUCAACAUCUUGGAAAGCAUCAGGAAGCACUGUGUGGAGGGACGCCUCGCCUUCGCUCCCAUUGUCAUGAGACUCGGCUGCGGCAGUUCGCCACAUGAGCCUGAUGGUUACUGGGAGGUGAACGGCUUCGGCCUGUUUGGAAUAUAUAAGUCUGAUUUUGAUAAGAUCGGAGGGAUGAACACGGAGGAAUUCAAAGACCGCUGGGGUGGAGAGGACUGGGAGCUGCUAGACAGGGUACUGCAGAAUGGUUUGGAGGUGGAGAGACUACGCUUGAGGAACUUCUUUCACUACUACCACUCCAAACGAGGCAUGUGGAACGCCCAAAACAAGAAAACCCCAAAGGGGUAGCGCCCCCCCUGCUGGUCGGAGGAUUUCUGAACCCACCUGCAGAUCCACUGUGUGUGUGAGAGAGACCUGUGGGAGCUCGCUCACUGCCUGAACUCUGCCUUUUUUUGAAACGGGCUCCUCUCGGGGACGCCUCCGUUUCGCCAUCGGCCCCUCUUGUAUGCUUGUCUGUACGAGGAAAUAGAGUCCAAAUCUGAAUUGUACAAGCGAGCCGUUUACGCAGAUAGACCUGAGUCAUCACUUUGCCUCACUGACUGAACUACUGUACAGAGAGAAGAGAGUUAUUUUUGUUCUCCUUCUCUCUGUCCUUUUUUUGGUGCAAUGUUUUCAGACAGACUGGGAAAGCAGCUGUUUUUUGUGUGAGUGUGGUUGUGUGUAUGCGUGGGUAUGUAAAUAUAUAGGUGUAUGUGGGUGUGUUGCCGCUUGUGUGUGCUCAUGGUGACAGGAAGCACCUUUUUUCUAACAAGGAGAUGUGAAGACAACCUAAGAUCUUUUUUUCUAACACGCUCUCACGUGGGAGCCUAAUAGAAUGUGUGUCAACAUGUUAUUCAGAUAGAGUCAGGCAUGGUGACGUAGAUCGAGUAGAGGAACUGUCUUUGGUAAAACACCAUUUCUAAAUAUCAACUACUACCUGUUGGAUAUCAUUAAUCAGUAUGACAGAGGUGCUGAAGUUCUCCUGGUAUUACAAAACAAAGAAGGUUUUUUGAAUCAUGGAAGCCCCCUUUCUGAAUCGAUACUGACAGAUACGUCAUCUUUAUCUCUCUUUCUGUCCCUUCAACUCAUUUCUGCCUCUGUCUGUUUCAGUGUCAUGCUGAUUUGUGCAUUUGUAUCUGUUGAAGCAUCAGUUUUAUGUACGACACCCACAUUAAUGCUAGCUAUCGGAUAUGACUUGAUUUUGUUUCAUCAACUGGAGUUUGUUCUGCUGUUAAUUAUUUUUAAGGAGCUCUCAUGUGUUCUGACAGCAUGGAUGCACUACCAUUUAAGGUGCUAUUUUCUGUUCUGAAACACUGAAUUUGUGAACAGUUUUACACCUGUCAACUCUACUGACGGCAUCCAUUCCCUCCACAUCUCUAACCUCAUUGUCAGCUGUAACAGGAGGGAAGCAGAGGGCAACAACAGCUGUCUGACAUCUCAUUUUUACACUGUCACACCAUUGUAUCAAGCAUUUUUCAGAGCUGCGAGUUGCAUUUUUAGAUAUUAGAAUUUGAGGGAUAAAACGCCGUCUCUCAUAUUCAGAUACAACCGAGACAGGGAAAGGUUAGCUAUCGAAAACAGACACUCUUCUUUUAAGCUUGUACACAGCUCCAACAAGAAGGGAGACCAUUUCAUGUGUUGGACACGACGUGGUGAGGCAUGGCUGUUUCACAAAUGUGUGCCUUUUAUCAGGGUUUGGCUGCGGGCAGUUUUUAAACUAAUGACAGAAGAGGGCAGGGACAGACAGAAAUACACAGUUAUUUAUCAGCAGGCUGUAACGUCACUGUACAUUCAGAUACACUGUAAAAGAGGGAAAUAUGGUUCUCUUCAAUGGAUUACAGAUGUUUCAGUGUAUUUAUUAUAUUACCUUAGAAGCAGGAAAGAGCGGUCUUUACAAGCUAGUUACCCCGUUAGUGAGAAACACAAAGAUGGUACUAAUGACUACUGAGUGAAGUCAGGAGGUGCGAUGGAGACUCACUGGCAGCUGCAGUCCAGCAGGACCCCACCUGCUCCCAUUAGUUUGGCUGGAGGCCGGGCUCUUAAUGCCUCUGUUUAUGCAACAUGGUACUUAUAUUGAUGGGGAGCGGCUGGAGGGCUCAAGGCUGGCUGAACAUAUAUGUGGAUGGGAGUUAAUGAUCUGUUAUUGACUACAUGAUUGUCAAAAAUGCCCUCCAAGACCCUUUCUUUGCCUCUACAGGAAAAAAGGUCUAUACUGUACGUCAUUUAACACUGACAUGGGACUAUUUAAAGAACAAAAGAAACACAUUAAAUAUAAGACUAUAUAUAUAAGAAACAUAAAAAUGAAAAAUAGGAAUAUACAUUCCAAGGUAAUUUCUGUGAAAUUGUUUUGUAGAGAAAAGGUUUUAAGAAUGUAUUGUACUUUUAUUUUGAUUUGUUGGGUUUUUGCAAAUAAAAUUUUAUGC